UGUCAAUAACAAUCAAACUGCUUCCGGGCUGAAAUAGGCGCUGUUUCAUCUUGGUCGGUGAUAAUGUCCGUUGAAAACCGUUUUUAAUUUAGUCUUUAUUGGGCUAUUUUUAAGGCAUUUUCAGAAAAGUAUUCAUGUUUUCUAUUGGAUUAUCAAAACCCGCUUAUAUUUAAAACGGGCCAGAUGGAGGGAGGGGAGUGUGGGUUCCCGUCCGAGCCGUCGGAGCCAUCUCAGAGAGGAAGCGUUUCAUCAGCAGGCUUGCGCGCCCAGGAUGUGCUGGUGUACCUGGUCGGGGACAGUGCCGUGCACUUGUGUGUGGAGGGGGUGGGCUGCGUGACCGUGCAGGAGCUCAGCCGCAGCGUCCGCGAGGCGCUCCACAUCCCGGAGUCUGCGCAGGACGCCUUCGCCUUCUGGCUCUGCUCCCCCUUGCUCGAGUUGCAGCUAAAGCCGAAGCAUCAGCCCUACAAACUGUGCCGCCAGUGGCAGGACCUGCUGUACCGGUUCACAGAGGCCACUGAGGAGGACAUCUCCCAGGAUGAACCCUGCCUGCAGUACAGAAGGAAUGUAUUUUAUCCUAAAGCCAAAGAGCUGCAGAUAGAAGAUGAAGGCGUCCUGAGGCUUCUGUAUGAGGAAGCCAAGGCAAACAUUUUGGAGGGCCGGUACCCUUGUGACCCUGAGCACUGGCUGAGCCUGGGAGUGCUAGCCUGUGCCUUGGAGAUAGGGGUGGGCCUGGAUGCCCAGGCAGCAACUGCUGCCAUCCGGAAGAAGAAGCUCUCGUCCUUCUUGCCUGCCCAUGUCACAGGAGGAGGGGGGCUGCUGUCUGCUCUGAGGGGGAAAAGUGGGCGUCAAGCAGGGCUGGAGCAGAACCUGCUGGAGGAGUACCUCCGGCUGGGCAGCCCUGACGGUAGCGCCCAGGGUCCCUCCCAUUACCUGCGCCAGUACCUCAGCACCUGCCACUCGCUGCCUUACUACGGAUGUGCAUUCUUCUCAGGAGAAAUUGACAAGCCCGUGCAGGGGAUCCUCCAGAGGGGAGGCCGCAAGGCUGUCAACGUGGGGAUCAGCCUUGAGGGGGUGUACGUCAUCGAUGUGAAAGAGAAGCACGUCCUCCUGGGCCUCCAUUUUGCCGAGUUGUCCUGGGACCACAGCUACCCCGAAGGAGAGGGCGACCAGCACAUCCUGUGGCUCGAGUUUGAUGGGGAGGAGGCUGGUACGCCCGUCAACAAGUUACUCAAGAUUUACUCAAAACGGGCGGAGCUCAUGAGCGGUCUCAUUGAGUUCUGUGUGGAGCUGGGAACAGUGGCGGACGGGGAAGCGUCGGGGACGGACGGAGAGGUGGCGCUAUCCCAGGAGGCCUCUGGCCCGGCCGGGGCCAGCGGGAGGGCAAGGGGGGGGCGGAGGGGGAAGCUGCGCCGGCAGAGCAGCGUGGUGUGCAGCAGGGUCCACACCCUGAACACCAUCAGCUAUGUGGAUGACGGUAAGGAGAUCAAACGUCUGAAGCCAAAGAGGGCUGCUUCCUUCUUCAGCAGGCAGGCUCCGCCCCCCAACUAUUCUGCCGUUCAAGUGGGAGAGAAUUUGGAGCAAGGGUGAGCCUACAGAGGCAGAACUGCGCCCUGUGGAGACCAAAAUCACCACCCGAACACUGAGAUUUACAGACUCGAAUAGUCAGAGAAACUUAAAUAUAAAAAAGGACCAAGAAUUUGGCCAACACGUUACAUAUCCACUUUUGUUUAAUGUGUAUAUAGGCUCACAGAUUAACAUUUUGCCGUUCUUUGCUACAGUGUGUUUCUCAAUGUAGGUAUUGCAGAAAAACAAAAAACAACCACUCAUGUGUCUUGAGCAGUCAUUCAUUAGCAUACAAAGAACACUGGCAAAUUCAGGCAAAAGGGUAUGAAUGUUUGAAGUCUUUAUAUCCAUGCUUGUUGAUUGUGCAGCACGCAGUCAGAAUAGCAGUGCCUUCUAAUCUUCGCUUCAAUAGUUUAAAUGGGAUAUUGACUGUGGUCGUUGUUCGGGGAAACAUAUUAUAAAGAAGCGCAAUCCCAAGUUUUCAAUACCCGUUAAACUAUGCAAAUCUGAGUGGCACAUUGCUUCUCAUGAAGGGGGGCCAGUACUUCUGUCUGUGUGGCUGCGCCAAAACAAAAACUUACACUCUGAGACUACCAGUCCAUACCUCUUGUUGCCUCCUGGGCUACUGUAGAUACUUAAACCUGGUCACACAUUGCUGUUGUCGGAAAUGUCUGUGUCCUUCUCUAGGACAGAUGUUUGGCCUAUGUGAGGUAUAUAUUCCAUAUAAUUGAAGGACAUAAUUUUUUAUUCAGUAUCAAGUACUUAUGCAAAGAUAUUUGAGCUAAACCAAUGCCAAGUUGUCUAUUCUCAGUUCCUCAGAUAGCAUCUAUGCAUGUCCUUGGACUCCACAUUUACUGUAUGUACAUACUGAAAUAUUUGUCCCAUUUAUUCUCUGUUGGCAUGUCCAAUCAAAUUAUAUUCCAAAAAAGGUGUAUGGAGAGAACAGGAAAAAUGUAAGAAUGUAAGAAUUGCACUUUUGAUACAUUUCUCAAUUCUGUAAGCAUUUAUAAAAUGCUUCAAAAGUCAUUACAUCUUCAUUUUAGUCAUAAUAUUUGAGGCUAAUUUUUCAUUUACUGUCAUACAAGCGAUGUUCAAUGGAAAACCAUUUUUUGUACAGUAGUUUUACCAUGUUUUUGAAAAAAGACCAAGUGCCUCUUCUAUGUGCAAUCAGUCAGCCACCAUGGGUUCAGAAAGAGACUGGAACCCAUAUCCGUGUCCAUCUGUCUUUAUCAGUCUUUCUGUUAAUCAGUGAAUUAAUUGUUACUUAUAUGCUUUUGAGUUUGUUGCAGACUCCUGCAAGUUGUACCGAGACAACAAUGAGCCAGUGCUUGCAUGUUUCUCUAUCCCUUAUAUCUUACCCAGGUAACACAAGAUUUUCAGAAUGUUGUUCUUUUUUAUAAUGCAGUAUUUUGAGGAAAUAUUUGUUAGGUGGUGUAGCUGGCGAUGAUUCUUACGAAAUCAAAUUACAUUAUGCCUUUCAUUGCUUGCAGUGACCUCAGAGUGGGGGGUGUGUCUGGGCGAAGUGUUUCAGUAGGAAAAAACUACUCACUAUUGGUCUUUGGUGGAUGGUUGUACCUGCAAGUUCACAUCCUACCACAAAUUUCAACUUUGAGAUGGCUAAUCAUCUUGAUGAAUGCCACUGAACGUCUCCCUCUUUAGGUUUUAAGGGAAGAUGCAAAGCCUGGUGUCACCUUUCCAGGACCAGGUUAGUUGACUAAUUUUUAAACACUGAAGGAGCCAGACUUUAGUAUUAUCUCCUGUCUGUCUCAGCGGGUAUUACGGAGCGACAAUUUUUAUUUUUUAAUCCUAGUGCUCACAUCAGUGAAACCAGUUUUCAAUUAUGUUGCCCAUAUGUGGGUAGAGAACCAUGAUAGCCCAUUCACGUCUUUCACUGUUAACACUUUUUUAUUCACUUCACAGAACUUAAUUCGGGGACUUCUUUAAAGUUUAACCGGAAACUUUAACAAAGCAUUUUUACUGUACAAAUGUUGCUUUAUACUACUUUUCUGACUACAAAACAUUAGUGUUAAUGGGUUUUCUUAGAGUUUUUAUAUAUAUAUAAUUUAAAUAUGCUCACUGAUUUUGUUGUAUUCAGCUAAUUUAACAUUUGGGAAAAUAAAAUCUCAUGUCACUUUUA